AUGAACAGAUCUGCAGAGCUCAACGACAUUGAAGCACCUGCGCCUCCGACUCGGGAAAGAAACGACGAUGAUUAUUAUGAUAGAAGCGUUGAUAAUUAUACGAGUGGUGGACCCUUAUCAUCAAGGUCGAGUAAUCAAGAAAACGGAGGAGUUGCAGGUGUUGCACGAGGUAGUGAUCAAGUAACGCCUCCUUACAAUUCUACAAAUGACGACAGAUAUCCUUCAAGUUACCCAGACCGUAACAGGACUAACUCUCAAAGAAGUGGCGAUAGUUACGGAGCUGAAGGAAGUAAAUAUACACUAGAAGGUAGUGAUAGUGUUACAAAUCGUGGCACGCCGAGAAAUGGGGGCGGUUACAGUGAUUAUGAAUCUAGUGAUAGAUAUAAUAAUAAUGCUAGUAGAAAUAGAUAUAAUAACGAGCCCCCUGAAAGGGGAACAAAUAAUGAACACGAAAGGCGCUACGAAAGGUACCAAAACGAUAUUGCUGCUCCGAGAGCAAACGAUAGCAGACGCCGAACUGAAAGUGGAAGUGGAUCGAAUCUAGGCGGCGGCGGAGGUUACGACAGUCGCCGAAACGAUUCGGGACGCGAUGACUUCGGCGGUAACCGAGGUGGCGGGGGUUAUCGCGACUACAAUAGUUCUCGGGACGGUAAUAGUCGAGGCGGCAGUUACGGCGGACCGGAACGAGGUGGGGGCUAUCGAGAAAGGUCUGAUCGGUACAACGACAACAGAGACAGUUAUAGAGAUACCAACAGGGGUUAUGGCGGGGGGAGGGGUAGUGGUGGAGGCGGUUACAAUCGCUCGGAUCACUACGAGAGAAGGGACGAUAACAGAAGGGGAGGUGAUGGGAUGCGUCGUGGUGGAGGGGGACCUUACUCUCCGAAUAAACCCCCCUACAGUGACGAGAGAGAUCGAUACGACAGCUACAACAGCAGAACAAGCGAUUCGGCCAGAGGCGCAUCGGGACGUCCCCGUCUUGAACUGGACCCCCCUAGCCGGAAGACAACAGAGAUUAUAGUUCCCAAGGAAGCGGACGUGAGACCUGCCAGUAUAUUCGGGGCAGCCAAGCCAGUAGACACGAUGAAAAGAGAGCAGGAGAUUCUCGCCAGAAAGGAAAAAGCUACCAGUAAACUGCAUGUGGACGUCGGAAUCGGAAAAGGUAGCGGAGGCGGGGGAUCGAACGCCUACCGACCCCCUCAUGCACAAAGAAGUAACAACAGUAACAAUAACACUACAGGACCACCGCCACAAUCUAACCACAGUGGGACCCAAUUGGAUGCAAUCUCCCCCGAAAAUAAAUUUUCAGUUCUAAAUGCAGAUGACGAUGACGACUAUUGA